AUGGCGUCCUCCGACGGCCGCCGUAGCGCCGCCGCCGCCGCUGUCGUCUUCCCAGGCCCGAUCAUCGUCGGCGCCGGCCCUUCCAGCCUCGCCGUCGCCGCCUGCCUCCGCCGCCACGGCGUUCCGUCGCUAAUCCUCGAGCGCGACGACUGUAUUGCCUCCCUCUGGCAGCGGCGGAGCUACGAAAACCUACGGCUACACCUACCCAAACAAUUCUGCCAGCUCCCUUACCUCGGAUUCCCCGAAAACUUCCCAAAAUACCCCUCCAAAGCAGACUUUAUUACGUACCUGGAAACUUACGCCGCCAAUUUCGAAAUCGCGCCGCGAUUCGGACAGUCCGUUUCCAAGGCCGAAUUCGACCCCCGCGACGGUGCAUGGACCGUCGAGACUCACGGCGGCGCAUCCUACUCCUCUCCGUGGCUCGUCGUCGCCACCGGCGAAAACGCCGAGCCGGCCGUGCCGAAGAUUCCCGGAAUCGAGAAAUUCCGCGGACCGGCGAUCCACACGGCCGACUUCCGGUCGGGCCGGCCCUUCCGCGACAAACGUGUCCUCGUCGUCGGAUGUGGAAAUUCCGGCAUGGAUGUCUGCGUCGACCUCGCCGGACAUUCUGCAUUUCCUCACCUCGUCGUCCGAGACUCCGUGCAUAUACUCCCGGUGGAGAUGUACGGACUCUCGACGUUCGCCGUCGCGAAUUUUCUCCUGAAGUGGCUGCCGGUAAAAAUGGUGGAUAAGUUUCUUCUGAAAAUGGCGGAUUGGAUCAUCGGCGACACCGAGAAGGUGGGGAUCCGCCGGCCGGCGACCGGGCCGUUUGAGCUGAAGAUUCUGACCGGCCGGAGCCCGGUUCUCGACGUCGGCGCGCUCGCCGGAAUAACUUCCGGCAAAAUCAACGUGGUGGGAGGGGUGAAGGAGAUAACUGAAAAUGGAGCAAUUUUCAUGGACGGAGAAGAGAAGGAAUUCGAUGCGAUAAUUUUCGCCACUGGUUAUACGAGCAACGUGCCUGCUUGGCUAAAGGGGAGUGAUUUCUUCAGUGAGGAUGGAAUGCCUCGGACACCAUUUCCGAAGGGGUGGAAGGGGGAGAGGGGGCUGUACACGGUGGGGUUUACCAGGAGGGGCCUCGCCGGAACUUCUGCCGACGCCGUCAACGCCGCCGGGGACAUUGCUCGCCACUGGAGCAUCAAGUGA